CUGAGGCUGCUGGUGUGAAGCUCGUGUGUAUGUGUUUCUCUCUCUGGCCGGAGCUCUACUACAGGCGGAAGUUACAGGCGCUUGUGUUGGUGAAAAUCUCCUCUGCUGACUGCUGAGAAAGUGAAAAUCAUCGUAUAUGAUAAGCAGCAGUCGUUUUUUGACGAUUAAACCUCAGAGCAUCAUAUAUGUGGACGCGGUGGCUUUAUUUUUCCCUCCAGCAUUUGCAGACUGCUGGUUGUCGUCGGUAAAGGCAGACUGGCAUAUUUAUUGAGUUUGAUGUCUGGUACGGUCAGAUAGUGAAGCUCUCAUAGUAACUAACACGCACUUUGAUUGGAACGUUCAGACAUUCUGUUACAUUGAUUCAUUGUAGCGCGUUUCCGACUCUUGCUGAUACACAGUAGCGGGAGAGAAGGAACAUUCACUUUAUUCAGUGAUGACUCGAUUGGGUUUAACAUAACUGGUAAAUCACAUAUGUGACUUCCACAACAAGCAAUCUCGUGGAGCCUUUUCUCUUGGUGUUUUGCGCUGGAUUUUCAUUGGGACUGACAGAGAUGGCAGACAGCGGUAGGGUGAAGCACGACAGCCCGAGCUCGAGCCCUGGACCCGGGAGGAAAAAGGUGCAGCAGUCGCCCAGUUCAAAGGCGCGGUACUGUGUCCACGCUCCCGGGCACUGUUUUCGGAAAGUGACCCUGACCAAACCGACCUUCUGCCAUCACUGCAGCGACUUCAUAUGGGGGAUUGUUGGGUUUGUUUGUGAAGUGUGUAACUUCAUGUCACAUGAGAAGUGUUUGAAGCACGUCAGGACCGUGUGUUCUUGUAUGGCUCCCACACAAGUUCAGAUUCCUGUAGCACAUUGCUUCGGUCCUGCUGGUCAGAAGAAGAGGUUCUGCUGUGUUUGCCGGAAGCAUCUGGAAGGCAGUUUGGCUCUGCGUUGUGAAGUGUGUGAGCUACACGUCCACAGCGACUGUGCCCCAUUCAGUGUUAGCGAUUGUCGUUUCUGCCACCAAGAUGGAGGGCAAGACAUUGAUACGUACCAGCACCACUGGCGGGAGGGCAACAUGUCCUCAGGUGCCCGCUGUGAGGUCUGCCGUCGUACCUGCAGCUCCUCAGACGUCCUGGCUGGCAUAAGAUGCGAGUGGUGUGGCAUUACGGCACAUACGUCAUGUUACAUAAUCAUCUCCUCGGAGUGCAGUCUGGGACGACUGCGGAACAUGAUUCUUCACCCCAGCUGCGUGUGGAUCUGCUCACGGAACUUCAGCAAGAUGCAUUGUUACAGGAUCUCAGAGAAUUCCCAGCACGGAGACAUGGAUAACCUGGAUGAUGUCGAUACUCAGAGUCCGGUAACAUCAAAGGAGAAUCAGCCUACAGGAUCACCUGACACGGGUAAACAGACUCUGAAAGUUUUCGAUGGUGACGAUGCAGCUAAGCGCAAUCAGUUUCGUUUGGUUUCAAUCCCUCGAAUAAUCAAGAAUGAGGAAGUGGUGGAAGCAGCACUCAGAGCAUUCUACAUUCCAGAUGAACCGCAGGAUUAUGAGCUACAGAGUUACGGCCAACAGGGACUGUUUACAGAUGACAUCAUCAACCGUAACGGCACUCCAGACAACAAGCCCAUUUUUAAGGACACCAUGUCUGAUUCCUGGGUGCUCAGAGCAAAACCCAGAGAAACAGAGGUGGUGAAGAUUUACCACCGCUGGCAAAAGGUUGGAGUCAUCUACAUCUCAGUGACUGCUGGGAAAAACAGCAUGGUAGACUCAGUCAUAAAGGAAGUGCUUUCACAACUUGGAAAACAGAAUGACAACCCUGCUGACUUUAACCUUGUAGAAGUUUUCAUGAGCAGCAAACAAGUUCAACGGCAAGUCCUCAGCGGUCAGGAGCUUUUAAUGGAUAAACUGCUGGAGAUACGGAAGACAUCAUUGCGACAGAUGAAUCAGACACGGUUUUACAUCGAGGAAAACAGGAAUCGAGUGGUGCAGGUCAGUCUGCUCUUGGGAGGUUUUCCGACACAACUCGACAAAGAGGAAUACUCACACCUGCUAUCCGAACACCUCGCCAUCAAAAGUCACUUGGUCACCAUCACUCAUGUGUAUGCCGAACAAGGUGCUGUGGUUCUGCAGAUCAGCUGUUUCUCAGAGGCAGAGAGGAUUUACAUGCUGGCCAAAGACAUCAGCAUCAGUGGCAAACAACUCUACUCUCUUGUCAUACCUGAGAUCAAGCAAAGCAAGCUGGCUAAAGGAAGCUGCCCCCUGCUGGUCUUUGUCAACCCUAAAAGUGGAGGACUAAAGGGCAGAGAGAUCUUAUACAGUUUCCGGAAACUUCUAAACCCUCACCAAGUGUUUGAGCUGACCAGCGGAGGACCACUUCCUGGGCUGCACACUUUUAGGGAAGUCCCUCACUUCCGUAUCCUGGUGUGUGGAGGAGACGGCACAGUGGGAUGGGUGCUGGGGGUUCUGGAGUCCAUCCGACAUAAGAUUGCCUGUCCUGAGCCCGCGAUCAGCAUCAUACCGCUGGGCACAGGGAACGAUCUGGCUCGGGUGUUGCGAUGGGGGGCGGGCUACAGCGGCGAGGACCCCUACAACAUCCUGGUGUCUGUGGACGAGGCAGAGGAAGUGCAAAUGGACCGCUGGACAAUUCUUCUGGACGCACAGGAAAUGACAGAGGACGGCAAAGAGAACGGCUUCCUAGAGCCGCCAAAGAUUGUGCAGAUGAAUAAUUAUUUUGGGCUGGGAAUUGAUGCUGAACUGAGUCUGGACUUUCAUCACGCACGUGAGGAGGACCCAGAUAAGUUUAAUAGCAGGUUCCACAAUAAAGGUGUGUAUGUGAAGGUGGGCCUGCAGAAGUUGAGUCACACACGAAACCUUCAUAAAGACAUCAGACUACAAGUGGACAAACAGGAUGUGGAACUGCCCAGUAUAGAGGGACUGAUAUUCCUCAACAUUCCCAGCUGGGGUUCUGGUGCUGACCUGUGGGGCUCAGACAAUGACUCUCGGUUUGGGAGGCCCAGGAUAGAUGAUGGGAUGCUGGAGGUUGUGGGAGUUACUGGUGUGGUGCACAUGGGUCAGGUUCAGAGUGGGCUGCGCUCUGGGAUUCGUAUCGCUCAGGGCAGCUAUAUUCGCAUCACUGUGACCAAACCUAUUCCAGUGCAGGUGGAUGGAGAACCCUGGAUACAAUCACCCGGACAGAUCAUCAUCUCAGCCGCGGGACCAAAGGUGUGCAUGUUAAGAAAGUCCAAAACCAAGCAGAAGAAACAAUCCGGAAGUUUGAAGGAAGGCCGCUCCGACAGUCCAGCUCCCAGUGAUGGUGGGCAGUGACAAACCGCACAAACACUUCAUUGACAGCCCUUUACUGUCGCCUUGACAACUUUUCUUUGAGUCUUUCCUCUGUUCUUUGUUUCACUUCGGGUGGGUUUCAACAUUGACUUAUGAACUAGAAUGUAUUACACAGACAUCUCUAACAUCUCAUAGUCUGUAGUGUUCAAACGCCCCAUCAGAUGAUAGCACUGCAGUCUGUUUCUCAGGACUUUAGCUGCCCUCGGCCUGUUUCCGGCCUGUUUUUGCCUUAGAUUCAUACUGGUGUAGAUAUUUUUGUUGGUUUUAUUUCGAUUGCCAGUCUGCAUCUUCUUUUAAAAGGGAUUAUUGUCUUAAAGUAGUCCAUCACUGAAAUGCUACGGCACAUAUGAGCGAGCAACCAGUAUUUACGCACAUUGUGCACAUCACAAAUGCCAAAAACUACCUUUUCCUGAACAUCGCCAAGUUAGGACUAUCACUUAAUAUCCGCAUCUUGCUUAUGGUGGCGGCCUUUUUUUGGUUUAUGGUAAAAACUGUGACUCACCGACCUUCAUCUGGUUAUUUUUCGUUUCUAUGAUGAUCAUCAUAAAUGUCUUACUUGAAGUUUAUUUGCAAUAGCAGCCCCUAGUAGCUUUCUACAAGUAUCUGAACCAAAACAAUGCAGUAUAUAUGUACAAACAACUCUAGUUCUUGUUCAUUAAUAGCACAUUCGAAUGUGUAAAUGUGGAGAGAUAAUCAUCUUUGUAUAUCAAUUUUCUAGCUUUCUUAGCUGUGAGACUGUAGGCGCAAUCGUGCCUCACCAAAACGUGAGUAAACAAUCUGGUGUCAUCACAGCCAUUUUGUAAAAGAGGAAUGAAUAUCAAUAGAUUUUCGAACAGAAGCGGUACCGAAAAUACUGUGAAAUCGUUUAAAAGAGUCGUGGAUUUUACGAAGGAUGAAUGUUUGUAAAUUCCCUGCGAUGUUUGUAGACAUAUGCACCACUUUUAGUGUUAAUAGUAAUAUAACGCUGUACGAUACUUGAUAAAACAUUCCACGCAAGAUCACGUAGCAUUUUCGGUAUUUAUAGUGUGACUGGUCAUAUGAACCUUUAAGCCAAGCGUAGCUUCAUCAUGUUUUGGUGAAAGCAUUGAUUUGUAAGUAAAUGAAUAUGUUACUGUUAUCUGACAUAGUAGACAGUCGUGUAAAGCUACUCGUCCUGUUGUAAAACUAAAGCUAGAGGCGAGCGCAGUGCUGUAAUAUAUAUUUGCUAGCAAGUAAGUGGCGUUUAUAUGUUGUUUCUGUACAGUGACUGGUCAGCCCUCCUCCAAAGGUAUGGAUUCAUGAGGCUGGCCUUAGAUUUUGUAUGUAUGAUCAGUUAGACACUCCACUUCCCAUCAGGCAUGCGUUAUUGCCAGGCUGUUGCAGGGCGCAGCCUCAGCCACCUACGGGGGGCAACCGUCUUACCUCAUCUACCUCGUCUCACCGGCACACAUCACUCCGAGAAUCAAGUUCCGCCAAGCUCUUCCAAAGACUUGCGCCUGCUUUUUCUUCCUGCACUUCAUGGAUCAUGUCUGGGAUUGAUGACGAAUAUGAAAAUCUGACCAAGUGCAUUUGAUCUUAUAUAGUAUGACCAGUGGUUUAGGUCUCAUUGUCAUUUUACUUCGGAAGAUGCUAUCUUAUCUCGCCAAUUCGCCCUCUCUCGUGUCGUUCAUUUGCCAGAAGUGUGUACAGUGGUGAUUUCUGCAUUAGUUGUGCCUGUUGCCAUGACAACCCUCGGGUUAACGUGCUGUUCUGUGGUGUGGUUUGGCCCGAGCUCUGCGUAUAGUGCCUCAUAUAAGUGCUUCGAGAACUUCUGCAGUUUUGCCGUACGUGUGCGUUUAACUCCAUGCCGUUCUGUUUGUUCUGCUGGUUCAGUGACUAUGAAGUAGAACCGUGCUAUUCUAGGUCCUUUAGAGCUGAUGUGCCUCCUAAUAGGGUAAAUCUCACGAAAAUGAGUCACAUAUUACCCCAAAAAUCAAAUGACCACAAACAAAGUCAAAAUUCUUUGCAUUUUGACUUUUUUUUUUUCAUGACAAUUAAGGAUAUUUUUUUUACCCCAACUCUCCAAUGCAUUCAGAAUAGUUUUUUUCUUUUUCUUUUGUAAUACGCAUAAUUCCCACUGAUUAUUGUCAUUAGAUUCUCCUUAGUGUAGAUGUAUUAUUUUUUUUUUUUUUAUGAUUUUGAAAAACUUACAGUUGGAAUUUUUAUUUAUUUGUGUUCAUUAAAGGUAGUACAACAAUAACUACAAUUGUGUAUAAAUACUUGACAGUAUCAUGAAAAUAACGUCAAAAUAUCUUAAAGCAUUUUUUAUUUUGGGAUGAAAUAUGACCCGGACAGGUUUCGUGAGAUUCACCCAAUAACUUUGUUUGGUCAAAACUGUUUAGAGUUAUUUUACCUCCUUGUGUUAUUAAAGUUUUAUUCUUAAUUCUUGUAAAGUGGGUUAGAAUUAAUGUUUUGAAAUCUAUAUAGAUGUAUAUUUUUGGAGAGAAAAUGUUUUUAAUUUGGUCUGUAAAGAUAUUGCACUGAUUGUACUGUUUUAAAGAUGUUUUUAAGUGUACAUUGUGUUUAAUGAAUAUCAAAUAACUAAAUGUAUAGAUAUAUAUCAAUCGGCUGUAUAACAGAUGGAUGUGUCCAAUGACAAAAAAGACAUAAAUUUGGACUUUUUAAUACA